AUGCCACAGCACUCACGGACGCGUCUGUCUGUCGCCUUGACGGCCGCCGUCUUGGCCUUGACUUCCACAUUCGCCGCCAUCUAUGCCUUCGGUUUCCCUGAACUUGAUUACUGGCACUGGAGAGCUUCCUAUGAUCCCUUCAGAAACCAGCCAUCUUCACAAAAUGUCUUUGAUGCCUUUACCAGACCGUCCGCCUCGGACGAUUACCUCGUCGGCGUCGCCAAGGCUGACAUCACCGGUCCCGUCGUCGAGAUCAACCUCAUGGGCUAUGCUGAUCCAGCUCAGCUUGGUUCUGGUGUGAGACAGCGUCUUUACUCUCGUGCUUUUAUUCUUGGUGACACAGACAAUCCCCAAGACCGCUUUGUCUAUCUUGUUCUUGACACCCAGUCUGGAGAUACUGCCGUCCGCAAUGGUAUUCUCGAGGGCCUCAAGGACCUCGGUCCUGAGUACCAAGUUUAUGGAAGACAGAAUGUCGCUGUUACUGGAACCCACUCGCACUCUGGUCCUGGUGCCUGGUUGAACUAUUUGUUGCCGCAGAUUACUAGUCGGGGCUUUAGUCAACAAAGUUAUCAAGCUAUUGUAGAUGGUGCUCUUGAAUCUAUCAAGCAAGCCCAUGAGUCGCUUAGCCCUGGCCAGCUAUCCUUUGCUUCUGUCGAUAUUCAAGAUGCAAACAUCAACCGCAGUCCGUAUGCCUACCUUGCCAACCCCGAAGAGGAACGCAAAAAGUACCAUCACAAUGUGGACAAGACCUUGACUCUUCUCAAGCUGCGUAGGAACAGCGACAAGAAAGAUGUUGGUGUCUUGACUUGGUUCCCUGUUCACGGCACUUCUAUGCUUGGUAACAACACUCUGAUAACCGGUGACAACAAGGGUGUUGCUGCAUAUCUAUUCGAGAAACAUGCGGAUCAGCUCGACUCUACUGCCGAAGGCUUUGUCGCUGGCUUCUCUCAGGCCAACGUCGGAGACACUUCUCCAAAUAUCAAUGGUGCUUACUGCGAAUCCGGAGAUGAUGAGGGCAAGCAGUGUGAUUUCAAGACAAGUCUAUGUGCUGGCAAGAACGGUCCUUGCCAUGGACGUGGUCCUCACUGGGGACUGGAUGAUGCAGGUACCGCUUCUGCCUGGGAGAUUGGUCGCAGACAGUAUCUUGGUGCUCGCUCGGCAUACGAGUCCAUGACCACCAAGUCUACCUUCACACCUAUUCAAGGCAAAGUCGUUCGCUCGCUCCACACUUUCGUCGACAUGUCUAACCAGACCGUCAUCUUGCGCAAUGGCUCAAGAGCCCAUACUUGUCCAGCUGCAAUGGGAUAUUCAUUUGCUGCCGGAACCACUGACGGACCUGGGGCGUUUGACUUUAAGCAAAACAACCCUGGCGAUCCGAACGCAAGCCCAGUCUGGGCCGUUGUCCGCAACAGUCUACACUCGCCUGGCCCAGAGCAAAUUGCUUGCCAAGCACCUAAACCCAUCUUGCUCGACGUGGGCGAGACCGGAAAGCCAUACCUAUGGACUCCCAAUGUUGUUGACAUUCAGCUCCUGCGUAUUGGUCAACUUGUCAUCAUCGUAGCUCCAGGAGAAGCCACCACAAUGGCUGGACGACGCUGGAAAGGAGCCUUACAGAGCCACGCGCUUUCUGCCUGGGAUGAAGCAUCCAACGCAGCAGAGCCCAUAGUCGUGCUUGGUGGUCCAGCAAACACAUACGCGCACUACAUUGCCACUGAAGAAGAAUACUCCAUUCAACGCUAUGAAGGUGCAUCCACACUAUUCGGUCAACACACACUAGCCGCCUACAUCAAUCUCACACUCACACGACUACCCUAUCUCUCUGCGUCUUCGGUCUCGAACUCGCCUCUAUUGCCGCCUUCUCAUCCUUCCCUGCCUGUGCUAGAUCUCGGCGAGGACCCACCAAUCCAUACAAACAAAUCUCUGAGCUUCAUCUCACCCGUGGUAUUCGAUCGCGCACCUCUAUUCAAAUCCUUUGGCGAUGUAACCACAGAUGUAUCUGCCCGCUACGCAAUUUCUUCAUCGCCAGUCAUCAAAGCAGUCUUUGUAGCCGGCAACCCUCGCAACAAUCUCCGUCUCGGUGGCACUUUUGCCGCAGUCGAAAAGUAUAGCAGUCAAGGUACCUGGGAACAAGUCCGCUCAGACGAAGAUUGGAGUCUAGUAUUCGAGUGGGAGAGAACGAGUACUACCGUUGGAACCUCCCAAGUCACCAUUUCUUGGGAAUUAGGGUGGGAGAUUGGUGAUUAUGGACGUGUGGAUGCGAAGAGUGAAGGUCUGGGAUUGUUUGGUUCAGAGUUGGAGCUGGAGUUGGAGAAGAGACAGGAUGUUGAGGAGAAGCUCAAGGGAAGAUAUCGUAUCAGAUAUUUUGGAGAUAGUAAAGGGAUUGGGNGUGGUAUCUCUGGGUUUGAGGGGCAGAGUGGGGAGUUUGAACUUGUUUGA